AUAUUUGAUCGACCCCGGAUGACCCCAAAGACUCCCAUGAAAAAUGAACCCAUUGAUUUAUCAAAGCAGAAAAGCACUGCCCCUGAGGGAAGUCCAGUUACACCUGUUAAGUUCACUGACAAGCCCUUGACAGAACCAUGGACUCCCACAGCUAACCUCAAGAUGCUUAUUAGUGCAGCUAGUCCUGACAUGCGGGAUAGGGAAAAGAAAAAAGAACUCUUCAGACCAAUUGAGAACAGUGAAUUUAGUGAUGCUUUUCCUGAUUCCUUGCAGUGUGAUGCUGUAGAGGAUGGAAUAGCUGAUGACUAUGAAAAGCAGAGACCCAGCAGAAAACAGAAGAGCUUAGGGCUGCUGUGCCAAAAGUUCUUAGCCCGCUAUCCUAGCUACCCUUUAUCUGCAGAAAAGACAACAAUAUCUUUGGAUGAAGUAGCUUCUAGUCUUGGAGUUGAACGCAGACGGAUUUAUGACAUAGUGAAUGUUCUGGAGUCUCUUGAUCUUGUUAGUCGAGUGGCUAAGAAUCAAUAUUGUUGGCAUGGUCGCCAUAGCUUGAGUCAAACUCUGAAAAACCUCCAGGCAAUAGGAGAGCUGCAAAAGUAUGAAGAACUUAUGGCUUAUUUUCAACAUAAAGAGCUACCCCUUGAGUGUAGAUUUGGAGAGAAUAAAAAAGAUACCUUUUUAGAUUUCCAAGACCGACAGUUGAUUGACUUCUCAGAGACAGAUUGUCCGUCUGCGACUGCAAACAGCAGAAAGGACAAGUCAUUGAGGAUUAUGAGCCAAAAAUUUGUCAUGCUGUUCCUCGUAUCCAAAACCAAGAUAGUCACUCUCGACAUAGCAGCAAAAAUAUUGAUAGAAGAAAGCCAGGAUACAGCAGAUCACAGCAAGUUUAAAACAAAGGUACGAAGAUUGUAUGAUAUAGCCAAUGUUUUGACAAGCCUUGGGCUCAUAAAGAAAGUACAUGUAACAGAGGAGAGAGGACGCAAGCCAGCUUUCAAGUGGAUUGGCCCUGUGGAAUUCACUGGAGACAAUGGUGACAUAAAGAUGGACCUUUCAGCCUGUGCUGCUUUAAAUGAAGUGAAAAGGACACCAUAUAUUCCACACCAGGCUUGUGCUGCUAAGAAAGAGCGGUUGUCACGUCAUGCUUCCUUCAACACAGUUCAGUCUUUUGAUUUGGUCAAGAGGAAGGUCAGCUCUGAGCCCAGCAGCCCACGCAGAGGGAGGCAAGAUGAUUACUGCUCCAAAAUGAUAAAUCUUGCAUCUGUUUGCUGCCAGAAGAUGGAAGAUGACACCAGUAAAAGUUUGGAAGCCACGAAGACCCUGGGCAUAAUUUCUCCCUUCUCUGCUCUUCCUGUUUCUGGAGAUUCAGACUGUGAUCUUAAGGCCUUACCAUGCCUCCCCUCAAAUGCUACCUCUGACAUGUCACAGCUGUCUCUGCCCAGUGAAACACAUGACCAAGCCCUGCCACUCUCUGAUCUAUCAGCUUCCAAAGCAGAGACAGGGAAAACCACUAUGCUCACCAGUCAACCUUUCAUUUACUUGCCAUCUUCACCACUUUAUAUGCUUUGUGGCAGCCUUCAUGACAAUUUCAUAAGGGAAAGUCUUCAAGAAAAGGGAAAUGGAGAUUGUAAGGGCCAGGAUUUACCCUGCCUAUCAGAUGCUUCUGUGUCUCCUGUUAACAGUCGGAAGAGAAAUUCUCAGAGGUGCAUGCCUUCAGUUGCAAGUUCAACUACAGAGGAACCUACAAUAAAAAAACAAGGUGUGGAGCAGAAUGAAGGUCCCAUUUCACUGGUGCUAGACAAGGAUUAAAUGGUUUUAAUUUCCUGUUUCCUGCCAGCCAAGCUCCUGGUCCUGCCAGCCUACCUUCAAGCCAUUUGCCUUCACUUAAC